GAAUGCCGGUUGCCCAUGCGGCCCUAGGGCUGGGAGCGCCGAGCCGCGCUGCGCCGCGCUCCGCUGCGGGGGAGGCCAUGGCGGAACCUUCCCAGGCCUCGACCCCGGCCCCGGCCGCGCAGCCCCGUCCCCUUCAGUCCCCAGGCCCUGCCCCAGCUCCGACUCCUACCCUCAGCCCGGCUUCGGCCCCGACUCCGGCUCCCACUCCGGCACCAGCCCCCGUCCCAGCUGCAGCCCCAGCCGGGAGCACAGGGACUGGGGGGCCCGGGGUAGGAAGUGGGGGUACUGGGAGCGGGGGUGAUCCGGCUCGACCUGGCCUGAGCCAGCAGCAGCGCGCCAGCCAGAGGAAGGCGCAAGUCCGGGGGCUGCCGCGCGCCAAGAAGCUUGAGAAGCUAGGGGUCUUCUCGGCUUGCAAGGCCAAUGAAACCUGCAAGUGUAAUGGGUGGAAAAACCCCAAGCCCCCCACUGCACCCCGCAUGGACCUGCAGCAGCCAGCUGCCAACCUGAGCGAGCUGUGCCGCAGCUGUGAGCACCCCUUGGCUGACCAUGUGUCCCACCUGGAGAAUGUGUCAGAGGAUGAGAUUAACCGGCUGCUGGGGAUGGUGGUGGACGUGGAGAAUCUGUUCAUGUCUGUUCACAAGGAAGAGGAUACGGACACCAAGCAGGUCUAUUUCUACCUCUUCAAGCUGCUGCGGAAAUGCAUCCUGCAGAUGACCCGGCCCGUGGUGGAGGGGUCCCUGGGCAGCCCCCCAUUUGAGAAGCCUAAUAUUGAGCAGGGUGUGCUGAACUUUGUGCAGUACAAGUUUAGUCACCUGGCUCCCCGGGAGCGGCAGACAAUGUUCGAGCUCUCCAAGAUGUUCCUGCUCUGCCUUAACUACUGGAAGCUUGAGACGCCUGCCCAGUUUCGGCAGAGGUCUCAGGCCGAGGAUGUGGCUACCUACAAGGUCAAUUACACUAGGUGGCUCUGUUAUUGCCACGUGCCCCAGAGCUGCGAUAGCCUUCCCCGGUACGAGACCACUCACGUCUUUGGACGAAGCCUUCUCCGCUCCAUCUUCACCGUUACCCGGCGACAGCUGCUGGAGAAGUUCCGGGUGGAGAAGGACAAGCUGGUGCCCGAGAAGAGGACCCUCAUCCUCACCCACUUCCCCAAAUUCCUGUCCAUGCUGGAGGAGGAGAUCUACGGGGCAAACUCUCCGAUCUGGGAGUCGGGCUUCACCAUGCCUCCCUCAGAGGGAACCCAGCUGGUGCCCCGGCCAGCUACGGUCAGCGCUGCGGUGGUUCCCAGCGCCCCCAUCUUCAGCCCCACCAUGGGUGGGGGCAGCAACAGCUCCUUGAGCCUGGAUUCCGGAGGGGCUGAGCCUAUGCCCGCAGGCGAGAAGAGGAAGCUCCCAGAGAACCUGACCCUGGAGGACGCCAAGCGGCUUCGCGUGAUGGGCGACAUCCCCAUGGAGCUGGUCAACGAGGUCAUGCUCACCAUCACUGACCCCGCAGCCAUGCUCGGGCCCGAGACGAGCCUGCUGUCAGCCAACGCCGCCCGGGACGAGACCGCCCGCCUGGAGGAGCGCCGCGGCAUCAUCGAGUUCCACGUCAUCGGCAACUCGCUCACGCCCAAGGCCAACCGGCGGGUGCUGCUGUGGCUCGUGGGGCUGCAGAAUGUCUUCUCCCACCAGCUGCCGCGCAUGCCCAAGGAGUACAUCGCCCGCCUCGUCUUUGACCCGAAGCACAAGACUCUGGCCUUGAUCAAGGACGGGCGGGUCAUUGGUGGGAUCUGCUUCCGCAUGUUUCCCACCCAGGGCUUCACAGAGAUUGUCUUCUGCGCUGUCACGUCAAACGAGCAGGUCAAGGGCUAUGGGACUCACCUGAUGAACCACCUGAAGGAGUAUCACAUCAAACACAACAUUCUCUACUUCCUCACGUACGCCGACGAGUAUGCCAUUGGCUACUUCAAAAAGCAGGGCUUCUCCAAGGAUAUCAAGGUGCCCAAGAGCCGCUACUUGGGCUACAUCAAGGACUACGAGGGUGCGACACUGAUGGAGUGUGAGCUGAACCCUCGAAUCCCCUACACGGAGCUGUCCCACAUCAUCAAGAAGCAGAAGGAGAUCAUCAAGAAGCUGAUUGAGCGCAAACAGGCCCAGAUCCGAAAGGUCUACCCCGGGCUCAGCUGCUUCAAGGAGGGCGUGCGGCAGGUCCCUGUGGAGAGCGUCCCAGGCAUUCGUGAGCAGGGCUCUUGGCGGGACGGGGGCGCCCCGCUUGGGGUGCGGACAGGCAUUCUUAGGGGUGUCCUCCCCACUCCCCGCUUUGCAGGAGAGACGGGCUGGAAGCCGCUGGGGAAGGAGAAAGGCAAGGAGCUGAAGGACCCGGACCAGCUCUACAUGACCCUCAAAAACCUGCUGGCCCAGAUCAAGUCCCAUCCCAGCGCCUGGCCCUUCAUGGAGCCCGUGAAGAAGUCGGAGGCCCCAGACUACUACGAAGUCAUCCGCUUCCCCAUCGACCUGAAGACCAUGACAGAGAGGCUGCGCAGCCGCUACUACGUGACCCGGAAGCUCUUUGUGGCCGACCUGCAGCGGGUCAUCGCCAACUGCCGCGAGUACAACCCCCCGGACAGCGAGUACUGCCGCUGCGCCAGCGCCCUGGAGAAGUUCUUCUACUUCAAGCUCAAGGAGGGCGGGCUCAUUGACAAGUAGUGCGGCUUUGGACCUUGGCCUCAGCCUGACGUGUCUGCCCCUCGGGUUCUGAUCUGAUCCCCGGGGUGCCUCUGUGCCCAGGCCCCCCUCCGUCUGAGACACUCCAGCCAGGGAUCCUCCAGCCCCUGAUCCUGCAGCCCUUUCUGGGCGCUGGGGCACCCCCAAGCCUGUAGCUCUGCCCCACCCUUCAUUGUGUGUGACGUUGGGAAGGGGUCUCCCAGGUCUGGGGUCCAGCCCCUCUGGGAGUGGCUGGUGGCCGGAGGAUAAACCCUGCCCAGCCCUGGUAGCCCCCAGGCCUGCUCCCCCUUCUCCCUGCCACCACUGCCCACCACACACACACACACACACACACACACACGCAUGCACGCACGCACACACGCGCGCGCGCGCGCACACACACACACUCCCCCAAGCUAUGGAGUUUUGUGCACCUGGCCCAGGUCACUGUUUCUUCAAGGGCAGGAUCGCCAGCUUUAGCUUGAGUGAGGGGGCUUCAGGGCUUGGAAGUUCAACCUGGACUGGAGGGGCCAUGCCUCAUCCUGCCCUGUUCUGUUUGUCCCCCAGGGGUGGGGGCCAUGGGGACCAUUCACUUCCUGGCAUUAAUCCCUCGGAGGGAACAAUAAAGUUUCGUUUUUUUUU